GAAGAUCUAAGUAAACAACACUUGAAGAGUGGAGAGAAACUCUAAUCUAAUAUGUACAAGGAAGAUUUCAGGAACAUGACUGAAGAGACUGGGAACAGCAGUGACUCCUCCUCAGCCUUCAUUCACACCAGCACCAUGAGUACCAUACUGAUUACUGUUUACUCAGUUGCCUUUGUUGGAGGUGGAAUUGGGUCCAUCACAAUGUCGUUUGUGCUUGUCAAUAUGAACACACUGUCUGUGACCACUACUGCCAUCAUUAACCUGGUUGUUGUGCAUAGCCUCCUCCUCUUCACGAUGCCCUUCCGCAUCCACUAUUAUGUCAACAAGAAGUGGGUAUUCAAGAUGCCAUUUUGCAAAAUGGUGAGUGCAAUGGUGCACAUCCACAUGUACCUGACCUUCCUAUUUUAUGUGAUCACGCUGGUGAUCCGGUGGCUGAUCUUCUUUCAAUGGAAGGACAAAGUAGAGUUUUAUAGGAAGCUGCACGCAGUUGUGGCAAGUGCUGCCGUGUGGGUCGUUGUCAUCAUCUUUGUGGUGCCUGUUUUUCACUUCCGGUAUGGACGCUCAGGCUCAUACAAUGAUACAACAUGCUUCAAGUUCCACAAAGAACUACAACGGGAGAGCGUGAAAGCCCUAAACUACAUCCUAAUUGUAGCUGUUGCCUGCAUUUCUUGUGUCCUCUUGGGCCUGCAGAUUUUCAUCCUGGUAAAAGUGGCAAGAAAACUUUCCACCUCUUUCUGGUCACACCAAGAGUUCUGGGCCCAGGUGAAAAACUUGAUUUUCAUCUGGGUCAUCAUAAUUUGCUUCCUUCCCUAUCACCUCUUUAGGGCCUACUACGUACAACAUAUUAGGGAUUUUGGCCAGUUAGAAAGCUACAAUGAGGUUUUUUUGAGCCUGACUGCCCUGAGCUGUCUGGACCUGCUGUCAUUUGUGCUGAGUGGAAGCCGCUUAUUCAAGCAAAAGGUAGGGAUGCUCAGCAGCAGGUUGCGUUGCUGCUAGUGUCAGCCUCCUGCGGCAUGUGUGGACUUGGACCUGGGAAAGGAUGGUGAUGGACAGGCAUGACAAACAGUAAGUCAGAGUGGGCCCUGGAAACAGUGCAACACACUCACAGAGGGCUCUGCACACCGGCUCCCUGAAGUAAUGUGCCAAACUACCUCCGGUGUCUCAGUGGCACUGGAAGGUGACCUCAGGGAUUUCCUCAUGGUGCUACACAGUGAGUUGUGAAUGGAUCUGGAGAAGAGUGAAGAAAGAUCCUGAGCUCUUCUGUCUUUUUUUUUUUAUUUCUAAGUUAAGCUUUGUGAAGUCAAAGGCACUAGGAAAAGAUCUGAGAAUUUGCAUUGCAGAAACACAAAUAGAAAAGCAGCUUUUUACAGACUAAUGUACAGAUUUUUGAAACUUAAAGACCUAUAAAAUUUUACUACUCAUCUCAUAUGUAUUCUCCAUAAGCUCUCAUAAAAUAUCAGGAAACUAUAGUUCCUCCUGAGCAGGUCUGUUCCUUCGCUGUAAAGACA